AAAAAGAAAAGUGUGGAGGGAGAGGCUAGAUGUUCAUACAAAAGUGAAUUUGUCCGAAUUUGAUGAGACUAUUCAUCGUAUGGGAAAUCAACAAACCAAUAAAAAUGUAUAUACAAUUUAUUCGAUGUCAUUUAAAAUGGCUGAGUUUAAUGUUAAAUUUUUAUUUGAAAAAUGAUUGAAAUUGGCCCAGUUAAAUAUAUCUGAUUUGAACUGAAGGUGUUUAAUGCUUCUGGAAUUAUCUUAGGAGAUAAAGGUCAUUCUAGAAAUUUCUUAGGAGAUAAAGGUCAUUUAAAAUGUGUAACUUUAUUAUUAUUGUUUUAUUUUAUUAUCUUCCUGUUUUUUCAUUUCUCUUGAGCUGACUUUAGAAUAUAAAUGGCAAACUGUGUCUGACAUGUUCACUUUUGUCUGCAGACUUCCAUUACACAGAUCACAAUGUUCAUUCUUGUAUUGUGUGCUCUCGUAGCUUUUGCCAACGCAGGUAACAUGAGAAGAGAUGGACCAUUUGGGUUAAAAAUAAUAAUGACUUGUUUGUCAAUAAGAACAGAUCUCUAAAGAAUAAACAGAAAAAUACCAUGACUAAAAGUUCUAUACUUUAACUAUCGACUUUUUUUAGGGUCCUGCUUCAAUUAUUGAAGUUUAUUUUAUACUAAUAGUUAGUAGGCUCUUGGCUCUUCUACGUAAUUCAUUGCUUUCAUUUAGUAAGGGACCAACAUUCUCAUUAGGGUUUGUUGUAUUAAAGACAGUUCAUCGAUGAAUGUUUGAUCUUCACAGCUCCAAGGACCUGUCAUGGUGACGUCACAAAACUAAGUCCCAAAGGGAGAGCAUCCGGAGGUUAGUCACGUGGCUUAGAUUAGUUAUGCCUUGCUCAUUAUGAAGGCCUAUUAAGGCAUAUUAUUGUUUUCAAAACAAUGAAAAGAAACAUGUUAUAUUCGUUACGGGCUUUAAAAUUUGACUUGUUACUGUAAUAUUUAUUCAUUUAGUUAUUAGUUACUUUGAGAGAAUCCCAUAUUUAUUAUUGUUUGAUAUUCAUCUUGAACAGACAUUUUAAAAGCAACAGUUGAGGUGUUUGACCAUUUCCGAUGUUAAACGCGAAAAGAUAUAUAUUUUUGUAAACUUGAAUCAUAUUAAAUCAGGUGUGGCAGCAUCCAACACUGCGGUACAACAUGAUCUCCCAGCUCUAGUGUCCCACAAGAACUGCUACGAUGCAUCUGCCGAUAGAAACUGUGAGUUGCGAAAUGUUAAAAUGCGAAUGUUGAAGUAUUUCGGAUCAAAGAUUUAAAUCACAAUAAUUUUGAGAAUAUAACUUUUUAAAAUAUAUGUAACAACAGUUAGUCAUUUCUAAAUAAAAAUAUAAAGAGAGUUUUUCGUCAAUGCAUGUUUCGUCAAGUUUUUUUAAUCAUUAAAAAUAAAAAUUUUGAGUGACGAACUGAAAAUAUAAACAUAAACAACAAAAACAGAUUUAAAGCUAUAAAGAAUUUAAACGUGAAUGUUUGAAUUGUUUUGGCAGGUAUCCAAGCUUCAUUGAUCGCCGCCCUUGCCAGCAGAGAGUCCAACGGUGGAAGCGCCCUUGUCAAUGGUUAUGGCGAUAACGGCAAAGCUUGGGGUAUCCUGCAGGUAAACAUAGGCUAAUCUUACAGACAAUUAAGGAAAGCCGAUCGGUAUGCUUUUUGCCGCCCCCUUCCACUAAUGAAAAAAAAAAAGAAAAAAAGGGUUGCAUUCAACUGCAAAUGCAACCGCUAAAUAAAAAAAACGAAAAAAAAAAGGUUCCGUUAAGGGUCCUUCGCCAAUGUAUUUGUUUGAAAUACACGGCAAUUUAAUAGAGCUAUUAUCAUGAGAUAAUUCAACAACAAUGCCGGAAUGCAAUUUUAUGAAGUAACGCUCGUUAUAGAUUUAUUUGGAAACUCAACCAAAAAUUAUUAUUAUUUUUUUAACCUGAAAAGUCUUUCUUCUACAAAAGUAAGAUGCAGUUUGAAAAACGUUACCUCAAUUUAUUGUUUCGAUGCAAUACCUGAUCAUUCGUUCCCAUUCGAUGUUUAGUGUGACAUUGCCCACUCUGGUCUCCCAUGUACUACCGUCGGCUGGAACAGCUGUGCUCACAUUGAAAUGAUGGUCAGCAGACUUUUGGUGCCAUACAUUCAACAGGUAAGUGCUAGGAAUUAGAAAAAAUGAAAUGAAUCAACCUGAAAAUGAAAUAAAUCAAAUAUAGAUGGAUAACAACUUAUAAUAAAUCAGUGUUGGUCAUUUUUAAAUGUUUCAAUAACACUGUUCUUUAAAAAUUAGAGAUCACAUCUUUUUUUUCAUGACUAUAACAAUCAUAAUAUUUAAGCGCCAGUAGCAGUUUAACAACAUCAAGUUGGUGCUUACUUUAAUUUGUGUUACUUUUGUUCGCUGUAUGCCGAUACAUUCAUUGAUUUGAUGAGUUGUAUACACCUUCACACAUUUCACACAUUUCUUAAACUAGACAAAAAGAAAAUAAGUCGUACUUUGCUUAAGCAGACAAAAUUAGCGCUACUGAGUAGAAACAGAAAUAAUAUAAAGCAUUUAGGGAACUUGAAAAUGCUUGUCAAAGUUGGUCUUGAUGAAACGAAGACAAAAUAUAUGAUAAUGUCACGAAACAUCCACGAUGAUGACAACAUAAAUAUAAAAAACAACAAGUUUCUAGGGGCGACUAUUAACAAGUCCAGUUAAAGUCGGAGGUGAAAGAAAGGAUAGCAGCAGGCCACCGUUCCUAUUUCAGCCUACAAAACCUACUGGUAGGCAAAAACCUCUCAAGAGGAACAAAGUAAUCUUUGUUACACACCUCUAGCAUAAGAAAGUAUUGACUUACGCUAGUGAGACUUGGACCAGAAAACCCAUGAAAACCCUGAAAAUAUCACCGCGCAAUUCUGAAAAACCAAAUCACCACCAAAUAACACCUCGAAACCCGGAAAUUCCAACCUUGAGAUGCUACAAGGAGUUAGAACAAUGAACACAUACUAUUUCCACUACUUAAUAUUGUGGGGUUCGAUUGUACAACUAUCAUUACGUCUAAUAAAUACAGAAGCUUUAUAAAAUACAGGUAUUAAAUUGGAGGCCACCAUCUUUAUGGUAUUGUCUUAUCUACAGGUCUAUGCAAAGCAUCCAACAUGGUCUCUUGAUCAAGCUCUACAAGGUAUAUUUUGGAAAAGUGAUAUUAAUUGAAGGAACUAUAAAAGGGCUUGAUUCUUUGCCUUUUUUUUUUUUGUGUCCCGUUCAUUACCACAUUAUUCCACCUUUGGUCCUUUGGUACUAAAAUUCAUAUUGCUCAUCUCAUAAUCACAAAAUAGUGUUUUCUUAAAGAGAUUUUUGUUAUCUUUAUGAAUAAAAGUGAAAUUUACAUUUCAUUAGUUAACUAUAAAGAAUAUUAAAAAUGAAAUAUAUUUUGAAUAAUUGAAGUGUGAACAAUUCUCGUCAUCAAUCAGGUGGUGUUGCUGCGUACAACUUUGGCGUCGGAAAUGUCCAGACAUGGGGUGGUGUUGAUGUUGGCACAACUCAGGGAGACUACAGUAAUGAUGUCAUCGCCAGAGCCCAAUAUCUCCACUCUCACGGAUGGAACUAAAUGUCCGAUGAUCUUCAAUUUACUUCAUGCAAAGCAAAAAAUACUGUUUUUUUCGACUCUAUGUUUACACUGCCUACAUACUAAAUGAGAUGGAAUUGAUGCAAUUCAAUGAAAAUAAGUAAGAGAAGGGAUUAUGGCUAAAUGAAAUAAUUUGCAAAUAAAAAUGAAUAGAACCUUCUUUUUCUGUUGGCCUUAAUUUUUGGUUACAUUAUAUGUGAGCCUCUAAAAGCCUGUCAAAAUGAGGGGUAAGUAAAUAUUUGUACAGGACGUACGAAUCAUAAUGUCCAGGUGCUAGCUUCAAUGACAAUGAUGCAUUAUUGAGAAGAUGUAAUUUUGUUUAAUUAAACACCACUAUUGAUUUGCCUACUUAGGCAAUAUGUGUACUAAGUUUGGUCCAGAUUGAUCUUUUUAUGUAGGAGUAUUUAGGCUGUUGAUAUUUCUAUAGCUCAUCAGGAAAAAA